GAUUUGUCUGGUGGUCAAGUUGUUAAUAUUUUCCAUUACACGAAAUGGCCGGACCACCAAAUUCCGCCCGACGCAGAUGCAAUCAUCACGCUGACGUCAUUGGUUGAGAAUUCAAUAAAGAAUUAUGGUCUAGGGCCAAUCAUCGUUGUAUGCAGGUACAUUAUUAAAUUAUUUAAUACAGUAUUAGGCCUACAUAUUGUGCACUUAUUAUGUCUGCUCUGGAGAGUACCAAUGUUUAACGAGACGAAGUUGAAGGAAAAAUUUGAGAAUCAAGCAAAAACAAAAUAAAGUAUUUCGUGAUAUACAACAGCGACAUUAAGUGUUUUGUUUUUCAUGUAUAGCGGCAAAGAAUUAGUAAACAAAUUCACAAAUUAAACAAUUAUACUAGCUACUAAAAAAACGUUUCAGCAGUACUCCCUGUUGUGUUAAGAGUUUUGUGUAUUUUUCUUCUGCAUAUGUUAUACUGUAGUCUGUAAGUAUUCUUUUUCUAAGGGACCGGUCAUAAAGUAACUGCUAUAUAGGGUGGGCUGGAGUGAUUUGGGAUGGGCCAUGGAAAAUAUUUGUGCAGUUUCAAUGGGCGCCAAUUUUUUUGUAUGUCCACGGUUGGGCCACCAAACAAAAACCCAUGUUAAUGAUAUAUUAUAUAAAGAUAUUAAUAAUAAAAGUAAACAAAACUAUCCAAAAUAUCAAAUGGAAAUGAUGCUAUGGAAGCCAGUACUUUGUUUUAUACAACAACAAGAAGUGAAUACAACCAACUGGAGAGCAGCCCCGAGUAUCGUAAUUGGUGAUGAAUGUGUUGGUCAAGCUUGGUGGAAUUAUGUAUGUCAAUACAGUGCCGGUGUAUGUUUACAAUGUUCAUACCUGCAAGUUUUUUUUUAUUAUAAAAUUGUAUUUUCCCAAUUUAGAUUGGGUGGGUGGGUGGGUUUUGGUCAUGAAAUAAAUUUGGUAAGAUUAGAUGGGCUUUGUAAUUUUUAUGUACAUUCUAAGAUGGGUCACCAAACUCAUUGGCAAAAUUUGUGAUUUACCUCCAGCCCACCCUAGCAGUUACUUUAUGACAGUCCCUAAACCGGUCGGUGGGAGCGAGUAACCUGCACUGGCCGGGAAAAAAAGUGAAAUCCAUACUAUGAUAUUUGCAAUUGCACUACUAUAACUCCGUAGUAGUAUGUCCAUACUAUUUCGACACUAUAUCCAUAGCAUGGAAAUAUACAAUUAUUAUGGAUAGUCAAAAUCCAUUCUAUUUCCAGUAAAGGUCCAUACAAUUUCCAUUCUAUGACCUUCUAUGGAUUUUCAAAAUUUUUUUCCAGUGCUGUGGGAGCACCUCGGUUUUCAGCUUCGGUUGACAACACAACUUUUGGCUUGAUAGUUCUUGAUAUUCUGCGAAAUUGUUAACUGACAGUAUUUUUUCUUACUGCGACAACUGCCAGUUGACAAUUCUCUGCCAAAUGAUAAUAAUGCUCUAAAUAUCCUAGAAUCCCCGUAUUAUAACACAAAUCAAAUUUUAUAUCGUCCUUAAAAUAUAAGGCAAAUGAAAAGUUUCUUUUGUUUGAGAAGCUUUUGGAAAUCCAAAGAAAGAAUUGGCAAUUAUUUUUCCUUUUCUACAUCAUAAUGUCUGCAUGUGCAUUUAAGCAAUAGCUCAAUUUGAUAUUUUUCAGAUCAAUUUGCAUAGGAUAGAAUUAUAUAUUUAUAUAUUUCAGCGAUGGAGCAGGACGAACAGGAACAUACAUUGCAAUUUCAAACCUUCUUGAACGAAUGAAAAUUGAACAAGCAAUGGAUGUUUUCCAAGCCAUAAAAAUGAUCAGAGGAACACGACCACAGUUUGUCGAAAAUGCCGUAAGUACAAAUCUGACGAAAAUAUAACUGGACUUAACCUUAUUUUGUAUUAAUAACUAACAAGAUUAUAGUAUGAGAGUCGCAUUUUUGGUUUUGAAAGAAUGGAUUGAGGGAGAAAUUAUUUAUAAGAAAUUAUUCAAAUUAAUGCGCGGAGAGCAAUCGGUAGACGGCCUUAUAUAUUUGCUUUUUGCUCGGAAAAUGACUGAUGACCAACUGUUACCAAUGUUGAACAUAUAGAAGCAAAUGUUUCCCAUGAGCAAGAAUCCCGAGCUAAAUCUCCCUCAAUCAUAUGGGGCCGGUUGUUCAAAGGUAGAUUAACGCUUAUAUAACACUUAUAUAUACAACCCUUUGUUAAAAUUUAACCAUGCAUCUGUUUGGGUAUAUGCAUGGGUACAUCCGCACUUCUGUUUAUUUCAGUCAACUGUAUUGAUCCAGACAAGAAUUUUGGAAAAAUAUCUUUAUGUUUAUAAACAAGCCUUGGACUUCUCGUUAGUCUAUAGGGGUAUAAGUAAAUCGGCUUUCGAACAACUGGGCCUUGAAUUAUAACAAAAAUUAAAUUGUUUUCUUCUUUAGGAACAAUACAAGUUCUGUUACACUGCCAUUAUGGCGUACCUGGAUGGCUUCAGUGACUACGCUAAUUUCGAGUAA